UCUCUUCUUGUGUUUAGGGCUAAUAAGAAGUGACCAGUUUUUAGGAACCUCACCAAACAGACAAUCUGCAAGUUAGCUACUCAUAAUGGGAGAUCUUCAAAAAAUUCUUGAUAGAGGAGAGUAUCUUCCUUUGAGAUCAGUUCCAGUAUUUGAGAGCAACUUUAUUCAGGUCAAUAGAAGAGGUGAAUCAAUUUACCUUCAUAAUCGGCCCAACUAUGUGACAAUGGGUGUCUGUGCCGCCAGUCCAAAUCAGUCAUUGCCAAAUGUGAUGCUGCUCGCACAUACCGUUCCUGUAUCCUCUCAGGAAAGCAUUUCAACAUCUUCAUCAUGUACAAAGACGUCAUAUUCAGAGGAUGAGUUAGUACUCACCAGGUUCCUACCCUUGAAAUAUGUGAAGAUUUCUAUUCACUCUCUUAAGAGGAAUCGCAUCAAAUUAAAGCUGGUGAGCGGUCGUGCCUACUACUUAGAGCUUUCUGGUCCACCACAGAAACAGGCGUUCCUUUUCCGUCAAUGGGUGCGACUCAUCAAUUUAUUGAAAUCUAAGAAUUCUGAUGCCAGUAUUGUAUUUAAAAAUUUUGACAUGCAGGAGGAACAGAAAGCUACCAGCAACACACCAUGGAAAAGAAACAAUCAAGAACAGUCUGUCCGGGACCAAGAGAAAAGACAGGAACCAGAGAAAGCACAAAUCCUUAAACAAAUAUCUUCCAAGCGAGUCACCAUUUCUGAAAUUGUGGAUCCUAUUGAACAGGUUGGAAAGAGCAGAAGCCAAGGGGCAGUUUCUUCCUACAGCUUCAUCAGAAAAUCCAGUAUGGGCUCAGGGAAACAAAAUAAGCAACAUCAAGAAUUAAGGAAGAAUGACACCAAAAAGAAAUCUAGGGAACGAGAGCCUUUUUCUUAUUCAGAAAAAAGACUGCAAACUUCAGGAAUCCUCAAGAAUGUCAGUAAGCCUGAAGUUGUUUAUUACAAGUAACAUUGACAAUGGAUUCUCAGAUAAACAGAAAUAAAAGAAACUGAAGAUACCAAGUGAAAGAAGAAAACAGACGUACACAUGGAGAUGGGUAGAAAUAUAGAACCUGAAGAGCUGUUCAGUUCCAAUAUUACAAAAUUAAACAUUAUUGAA